AUAAAAGCAUAAUAUCAACGCGUCACGAGAAAACAGUUUAAUACAAUUCGCUUGACAAGCUGCUGAUCAAAUUGGCCUUUUUCAUUCCAAUAAUAAUUUAAGGCUAUAAAACUUGGAAUAUUGUAAUUAAAAAAUGAGAAUUUUAUGUAUUUUAAUACCGUUUGCCAUGGUCAAUGUAAUGGUAGCAGUAUUAGACGAUUUUGCGAGACAGGUUAUCAUAACAAACAAAUUAAUUGAGCGUGCCGAUGCUGCAGCUCGAAUGCCGGAAAUAAUAAGAAACAUAAUUGUCGAGGGAAGCUACACGAUGGAGAAAAUGGCACUAAUGAUAUCAUCACCGGAAACUAGAGACUCGCAUGGAAAUCUAAACAUAUAUCGCCAGCUCGAUAUGCGAGGAGAAAUAAGAGCUCUGUUGGCGCUCAGAACACCUGAGAUAGUCGAAGCCGAGUAUGAAAACGUUACUCUCCAAGAUUUAGGGAAUGCAAGAAGACGUAUAACUUUAGAAGCUGUGAAAACUUUAAUCCGUGAUGUAAUAAGAAUUGAUAACGAUCCAAACAAUAGAAACAACCCAAACAUCCAGUUAUUCGGACGUCGAAAUUUGUGUCGUUUAUUAGGACUGUUCAGAAGUGCAUUACGGCCAAGUACAUUCGCAGUGAAUGCUAAUAUGCGUCUCGGUACUUGUACAAUAGUUUUUAGAAACGGUGUUGACAUAAGAUACAGAUACAUUGAGGACAAAAUUUGGGAAAUAAAAUGCAACGGUUUGCUACUUCAGCCACUUUCUGAUCAGAUACAAUAAUUCGGACCGGACAUUUUUAAGGAUAACUUAUUGUACAGUACUAUUGUUAUUAUGUUUAAAUAAUUUUCGCAAUACCUCACUAACUCGUCCGAGUUGUCGAUAAAUUUUAUCUAUGGUUAUUAAUAAACAGUUUUUAAUAGA